AAGACGGCUUUAGUUCCUGGGCUACAGUUAAAUGUCUCCUUGUUUGUAGCAGUUUGUAGCAGUUUGGUUUCAUAUAGUACCAUUUGUUUGUAAAAGAAUAAGGCGGUGACAGAACAAUAAAGAGAGAUAAGCUCUUUUCCACACGCGCGCCCCCGUGUUUCUCCGCGGCUGUGCGCGUGACACGAGCUGCUGUUCUCUGUCAGCUCGUAACAGUAACGUUACUAGUAUCGGCACGGUUAAUAACGUUAAUAAUCUUGAUGAGUGAAAUAGUGGCUCGAGAGAGAAGCGGACACACCGCGGCGACGGACGGACAGUAUUUAUAUGUCUGGGGUGGUUAUGUGGUAAUAUAAGUAGUUGACAUAUUUCUGCUUAAAUAUGGACAGUGUUUAGCGUUUAACAGUUCAUGUUUAAUAACGCCUCAUUUCAUUUAAUAGUGUUGUAAUCACUAAACAAAUAAAAGUGAUUGUUUUUUGCUUCAGUCGGUGGCGGAACAUGAAGUUUUUCUUCCAAAUGACGAGCUUUGGUUGUAUGACUUAGAAACUGGGUUAUGGGAAAGGCAUGGCAUGUGUGGGUCGAUUCCCCCCUCCAUGUCCGGGACGUGCGGCUGCAUUGUGAAUGGACACCUGUAUAUAUUCGGAGGUUGCUGUGAUGAUGGACAGACUAAUGAACACUACUCAGUCAAUCUCCAUGAUGGGACGUUUACCUGGAGGAAGGUCAAUCAUCGGUCAGGAUCUCCGCCGUCGCCGCGAGAUAAACUGUCCUGUUGGGUUCAUAAAGGAAGAAUGAUCUACUUUGGUGGAUAUGGUCACAAACUGCUGAGUGAAAUCAAUGAUCCGAAGAGCUUCACUGUGGAUGAAGCAUCAGGGGCCGAGGACAUUUUCUGGGGAUGGAACAAUGAAACUCAUGAAUUUGAUCCGGACAGAAGCAGCUGGACUGAACCAAAGACCUCUGGCCGUUCUCCUGCGCCGCGAGCCGCUCACGCUAGUGCCACGAUCGGUAGUAAAGGUUAUGUGUGUGGCGGAAGAAUAAAGGAAACUAGAACCAGUGAUGUGUUUUGUCUGGAUUUAAAUUCAUGGACAUGGUCAGAAAUCGUCUCCUCCAGCGCCGCUCCGUCAGGUCGCUCGUGGCACACGCUCACGUCAGUGUCAGAUUCCUCUCUCUUCAUGUUCGGUGGACUCAGUGUGGACUGCAGACCCUUGAGUGAGGGUUGGAUAUUUAAUCUGGAGACAAAAGGAUGGACGAGGAUGGAGCAUCAAUACAAGGACAAACCGCGGCUUUGGCACAGCGCUUGUCAAGGAAGAGACUCGGAUGUGAUUGUGUUUGGAGGAAGUCAUGAUUAUAUUCUUCUGGUGGACAAAGGCCACUGCAACGAUGCGCUUGUUUUCCAGACUCAGCCGUACCCGCUGAUACGAUUGUGCGAGGACUUCAUUGCAAGCCAUGCCAGAAUGUUUCAGUUCCAGAUUCUCUGUUUACCACCAAAACUGAGACGCGCUGUGCAGAAACGGACAACUUUCUUCAGGAAAAACAGAAAAUCACAGAAUAUAUUCAAAACCUUGGAAUGAUUGGUUUUAAAAUAAACUACUGUACAUCAGAAAAAAAAAAUGUUUUCUUCAGCUUUGUUUUCACAAUUAAUAGUUAAAAUCUAUAACUAGGAUUAUUAAACAAUAUUUAUUUUACUGUCUUAUGUAUAAGUGUUGAAAAAGUUGUAUUUAUAACCUAAUGUUCUUUUUGGAAACCAUUUAAAUAUGAAUUAAAUAUUAAAUGACUCACUUUCAA